AGAUUGUGUAAAGGUCACACAAUAGAAGAUUCGAAGGUUGUUAUUCGUAUCCCAUUGAAUAUAUGUAUCCGUUCAUCCCGUCGAAUAUAUUCAACUCCGCAGCACCUCCGAUGGCCACCAAAUCAGGAGAGCAAGACCACCGGAGCAACAGGAGAUCACCGGCGUAAUUUCGGUGACCAGCUGUUGCCGAACGCGCUGCAGUCGGAGCCCCAUGCGCCCUCACGCGCCGCCUCAGCAACGCCCGCGCCCGCCUGCACACGGCCGCGCAAACAGACGCCCGCCCAUGUACCACCGCGCAAACAGACGCCCUGCCCGCGCACCGACGCGCACACUUGCAUCGCAUCACAACAUCCACUGUGCGCCACCGUGCGUGCCAGUGUUCUUCGCGUGCGCCCAACAGAGGACCGUAGCGCCCAGGAGUCCCCUCGCGCGAGAUGUACGCGCGCGCCAGUCCUCGCCAGCCUAGGAGACAUGUCGUGCACGUUCGCUCGCGCUCCAGUCUACCCAGGAGUAGGAGUCCUGCGCGUCUUGCGUGCACGCGAUGCCACUGCCCGACCAUCUCGCGCGCCACUGCGCCCGCGCGCGUGCAUCCGGCCCAGCAGCGCACCAGCAGCCCAGUGUGCGUGCAACCUGCGGCCAGCAGACCAGUCCUCGUGCCCAGUUUCCGGCGUUCUACCGGCUAGGAUAGGGGCGAUCUAUUCCAAACCGGUCCAGGACGCUUACACUUGUAUUAUUGGCGCCAUCUGUGGGGACUCUUGUUCAAAAAGUUGUGUUCGAAGCUCAACUAUGGCGGACGAAAUUCCCAGAACCAACUUGCAGUCGAUGUUCAAUGAUGCUUGGAUGACGACUAGGCCGAUUUGCCAGGGCCCUCCUCCGGGUUUCUCUGGCCCCUUGCAGACGCCGGUUACUCCUACGUCUAUUCUUCAAGGUGUGGGAGCAUCGACGGCGGUUCCUGGAGGAGAGGCGAGCUCCAGUCGCGCCCAGGAGGCUUGUGCAGCAGCCGCAGUGGCGAUGCCGCCGCCACCGCAACCAAACCCGAUAGAUGCACAACCAGUAGGAUUGGCGGUGCAGGGAGGACCACCACCAUCAGCGGAUGUGCAAUUCUCUGUUCAGCAGAUGAUGGCGAUGACCAGAGAGGAGAUGAAGAGGAUGGUCGCGACCGCGGCAGCGCAGACAGUCCAGCAAGCCACAAACCAUACAUCUCAGGCUACGACUGCACUGACCAUGGUGGUAGGAGGUCAGGAUGAGGAUGCGUCCAGUUAUGGAGGUGGAGGAGAUGUGAGGGAUCGUGCGAUGGAGAGGAUGGCGGAGCAGUUUCGCCAGUUGCCGAAUAAUUUUUGGGAGACCAAUUUGGUGUUUGAUGGUUCAUCAGAUCUGUCAAGGCAUAUGAGGACUUUUGAAAAUAUGGCUGUAUUGCAUGGAUAUUCUGAUUCUGUGUGUUGCAGGGCUUUCUUAUCGACCUUGCGUGGGGGAGCACUCGAUUGGUUCCAUCAAUUACCCCCGGGGUCGAUUGCUGAUUUUGAGGAUUUUUCUAGCAGACUCACCAAUCA